AUGGUUGAAGAAUUAGAAAAUGUUGGAAUUGUCAAAGAUCUUUAUACAAUCAAUGGAAGUGUCUUGAAUGCUACUUCUUUGAAGAAAAUGGGUCUUAUUCAAGCCAUUGGUACUGCUCCUAAACCAGAUCCAAAUGUAAGAACCAGAAGAGGUCCGGUUCUUGAUGAGUUUGAGUUGUUCUUUCAAAAUGAACUGCCAGAAGUUAAGGUUCAUUACCUUAAUGUUCUCAAACAGAAUGGUUCUGUGGAUAAUAAGAUGAGAACAAGCAGGCAGAAGCUUCCAUCUACCAAGGAUGGUAUUGUAGAAGAAUUCCUAGAAGCUGCCUCUCAAAAAGAAAGAAGGACAAAGUGUAAGCAAGAUGUUCCUUCUGUAGGUAAGGAGAAGAGUACUGAAGAGAAUGUUGCUGAAGAGAAAACAGAAGCUGUUGUGGAAGAAGAAAAUAAGAAUGAUGAGAAGGAAGCUGAAAAGAGGAAGAAGAGGAAAAAGUCUGAUAAGAUGGAUGAUGAGACUAAUGAUGAGAAGGAUGCAGAAGAAGAGAAGAAGGAAGCUGAGAAGAAGAGAGCAAUUGCUCUAGGUAAGCUGAAGGCUGAUCAUGAGAAGAAGAAGCGAAAGAGGCUUGAAGCUGAUUCUGAAAGAUCUCACAAAAAGCUAAAGGGUGGAUAA